AUGAUGUACUGGACCCUCCACUUCAUAGUCACCCGUCUCCCUGAUUCUCUUAGCUCGGUCAGGGACCACUUUCUCGCUCGUUGUCCCACCGAACUCACUAUCGACCUCCUAGAGAAGCACCUCCUUGCAGCAGAGAAGAGCAUUGUCGCUGUAGCUGCUGCUCGUGGCGCUCCUCGCACCCCCAUCUUUGAGGGGUGCUCUCCUUCUCCCCUCGCCCCCUCCUUCGCUACCACUGCUGCUGUUGACUUCCUUGGUGUUGAGGUAGCGGAGGUGGCACCGGGGGUGGUGGUGGUGGAGACGGUGGAGGAGGAGGAGGUGGAGGAGGGAGUGGUGGCGGGAGUGCUGGCGGGAGUGGUAGCGUCGGUAGCGAUGGUGGAGGCGGUGACGGCGGAGGAGGUGGCAGCGGCGGUGGCGGCGGCGGUGGCAGCGGCGGUGGCGGCCGGGGCGGUGGUGGCGGUAUAG